AUAAGGCAGAACAUAAAGAGGAUGAGGCAUUCGCUGCCCACCAUUCAUCGAAGAUAAACUUUGUAAAACAUAUAUGAAUCUUAGUGUUUCGAAAAACAAUACCAAAACAGAGUGAAGAGUUAGAGUGAUAGCUAGAGAGACACAACAGAAGCAACCUCAGUUAUCUCCAAUGGCACUCAGGAUGUGGGCUUCUUCAACUGCCAAUGCACUCAAACUCUCUUCUGCCUCCAGACCUCAUCUCUUCCCUUCUUUCUCUUUCUCAAGAUGCUUAUCUACCGUCUUGGAUGGACUCAAGUACGCAGAUUCACAUGAAUGGGUCAAGCAUGAAGGCUCAGUCGCCACCAUUGGUAUCACUGACCAUGCUCAGGACCAUCUUGGAGAGGUUGUGUAUGUGGAGCUGCCAGAACCAGGUGGUGCAGUUAGCAAGAAGAGUGGCUUCGGAGCAGUUGAAAGUGUUAAAGCAACAAGUGAUAUAAAUUCUCCAAUCUCGGGGGAGAUUGUUGAGGUUAACAAAAAGCUCACAGAAACUCCUGGCCUGGUCAAUUCAAGCCCAUACGAAGAUGGAUGGAUGAUCAAAGUAAAGCCAAGUGAUCCAUCUGAAUUACAUUCCUUGAUGGGUCCAAAGGAGUACACAAAAUUUUGUGAGGAAGAAGAUGCUAGUCAUUAAAGUCUGAAUUGGCUCAUGCAGUUAUGAAUGUUCUUCAUGUGUUUAUUAUGAUAUUAUUGUUAUUAUCUUCUCAACAGUUUUUUAAUAUGCAAUGGAACUGCUUCUUUCCAUUUUUCCUUC